AUGCACCUCAUGCUAUUAAUCUGCGCUUUGAUUAGCGUAGCUAUUGCACAAAAUGUAUUUACUACACAGGCCUGUGUGACUGAGCGAGGAUGCGGCCCCUUUCCUACCACUUCGCCUGCACCUCCCACUACGAGAUCGAAUACCAUUCACUCAACGCUAACCCGUGUCGUAAGCGUCUGUCCUACAGCGACAGUAUUCGUCUUUAAUAGCACCUCAACGACGACCGGAACUCAGACUGUCAACUCAACUGUAGUCUCUGCUCUACGCGUUACCCAGACGUCUACCACCACGACUGAUGUCACCACCACCGACACUGAAGAAGCUACUACAACUGUUACAUCAACAAGUACUUUGACAUUGACAUUUAUCAUUCGACGAACAUCUACUAUCCCCGCUACAUCAGGCUUUGUCCCCAUCGCCUCUGAACCAGGCUAUAUCCCUCGACACCGUAACAAGCGCGACGAUGACAGCUCGGUACCAACGGUCCGACCGGCCCUUGGAAAGAGAUGCUGGCCGAAUAUACAAGCUGUUGUCUGCAACACAACUAUCUUCACUUUGACGGCGCGAACCGUUACCCAGACCGGACUUUGUCCUACAUCUGUACCCACUACAACAGUAACUCGGAAUGUAACGGUGAACACUGCUACUGCGACUGUUACUGCAACGGUUGUGAGUACGCGAACUGAGAGCACGACUGUGCAGGCUACAGUGGAGAAUGUCAUUACCGAGACCACUACCUCGACUUGGACUUGGACCACAAGGCCCAUCGACUGGAAUACAACCCUCUAUGCGACCACAACUCUGGCUACUGCAACGACAUACGCUGCAUGUCAAGCGAAUAAUCUCAUCAAUUCAGCGAACGGAGGACAUUUCGUCUGGCAAGUCAACUACGGCGGCUCCAGGAAUCAGAUCCAAGUGGGAAUUCCAGCACGCAAUGCUUACGAAUGCUGUAUAGCAUGCCAUCAGACUCAGAACUGCAUCUGGUCCAACUUCCCCGGAGGCUGUGAGUUAGUGAUUGCAAACUCCUGCAACCCUCACGACAACUUCAAUUCAUCAUUCAUCACAUCACAAGAUGUCAGGAGGGGAACGACAAUUAGUAACGGUCCUUGUGGAUUUAUUGCCAACGGGGGAGAUAUCCGUCUGAUUUAG